AGCAAAGCAUAUAAAGUCAUCACUCCGCGUCCAAUGCAAGGAAGAUAAAUUUGACAAAACCCAUGGGCCUACCUCUUUGCCUAAAGAUGAGACAUGUCAGAAAAUCCUAGACAAGCUGAGAGGGAAACUGGAUGUUGAUGUUAUGGAGUUACUGGAGGAAUUGUUUAUAGAAGAGGGGAUUUUCAAUGAUUUCAAUUCAGAUGAGGAAGUGGAAUCUGCUUUCAAAGAUGUUACAUCAAGAACUAUAUCCUCUUUGCAACAAGCUGUGGAAGAGCUUCUGGUUACUGUUGAGGAGCUUGAGGGGGAGAACAAAGCACUCAAAGCCAGAGUGGAAGCUGCUGAACGAUAUGAUGCGCAUUGGAAAGAGGCUAGAGAAAAUCCAAGCUUUCUGCAUAGGAUUCUAGGCAUCAAUGGUUUCAUCUCCUGGUUUGGCUCCUUCUUUCAUAUCUAG